AUGGCGUCUCCUCCCACUGAGCCUUCCCUGCCAGUUACAAGCAGUUCCCGCGAUGGUACGGUCGAGAGGACAGCUCGGGAAGAAGCAUCUCCACACCCAACCUCUACUACUAGACGCCAAUUUGACAAGGAACACUUUGCCCGUACCUUUUCCAACAUGAUAAUUUUGGGUGGUACCGUGGUCUGUCUGGGUUUAGCCAUUGCCGCGAUCAGCCAUGUCGAUUCCGAGACUACCAUGGUCUUUUUGCUGCUGGUCCCUGCCUUUUUCAGUGGCGGUUGCUUGUUGACUCUGGUCAAUGUGUCCUGGAUGUCUCGACGCCCUGGCAAACGAUGUUCUCUGGUGCAGAUGGUCUGCAACUUGGUGCUGGGAUUGAUGACGGUCUAUGUGGAACUCUUGUUUUGGCCUGUGCGACCCGAUUUGGCCCUGGCCAUUUUGUGUGGCGCCGCUUUGCCCAUGUUUGUGUUCAUCAACAUGCCCUCGGCUUUCAUGACCAAUCAAGAAGAUUAUAUAGUCAUGACAGGAGCGGCAGUAGACGGAGAUGCCAAGACGGUGAUUAUGGAGGAUGAUGAGCAUUCGCUGUUUAGUCUUCCCUCGGAGUCUGGUAGGAGUCAAGGAACAGAUAUAGAACAACAACAACUAUCAUCACCGACGGAAGAAAUCGCUACAACCAGUUAUGUGUCGAAUCUUGAUCAACAACAACGUCAGACGCCACACGUCGGUCAAACUAUCAGUGGAAUUGAAAUGGAUUUUGAAGUUUGA